AUGAAUGUAAUGCAAUUAGCCAAAAAGUUUCCUCAAAUUCCUCAACACGAAAUACUUAAAAUCACCUCUCAAUUCAAUCAAAUAGACAUUGAUGGUAGCGGUGCACUUGAACAAAAAGAAAUUUUAAAAGCUUUACAAGACAUAGGUGAAGACAAUUCAUACGACGAGAUAAGAGCAACUUUAAAAGAAAUCGACUUAAGUUCUACGGGAAAAGUCGAGCUUGAAGAAUUUUUAAUUUCAAAACUAAGAUCAGGGCGUAAUAAAAGUGCAUUUGCAGUUAACAAACAUAAAAUCACCGUUCAUGGAUCAAGUCAAAAUGUUUCACAUACAAUAAACGAGGAUGAAAGAACUGAAUUCACAAGACAUAUGAACCAAACAUUAUCUGGAGAUCCAGAUCUUGCUGAUAAAUUGCCAAUUAACAUCUCGAAUAUGCAAUUAUUUGAUGAAUGCAGAGUACCUGAUACAAUUGAUGAACGUGUACUUAAUGUUUUUAAAAAAGGAAAGAAAAUCAAUAAGUUUCAAAUGAUUGAAAAUAAUAACUUAGUAAUUUUUUCAGCAAAAGGAAUCGGUUGUAAUGUUGUAAAUAUUGGUUCAGCUGAUUUAAUUGAAGGCAGAGAACAUUUAAUUUUGGGUCUUAUUUGGCAAAUCAUUAAGAUUGGUUUAUUGAAUAAAAUUGAUAUAAAGCUUCAUCCUGAAUUAUAUCGUCUUCUGGAAGAUGAUGAAACUUUGGAACAAUUUUUAAAAUUACCUCCUGAUCAAAUUUUAUUGAGAUGGUUCAAUUAUCAUUUAAAAGCUGCUAAAUGGCAACGUCGAGUCCAAAAUUUUAGUAAAGAUGUAUCUGAUGGUGAAAAUUACACUGUUCUUUUAAAUCAACUAGCUCCUGAUAUUUGUUCCCGAGAUCCUUUAAAAGAGCGAGAUCUUUUAGAACGUGCAGAAAAGAUUUUACAAAAUGCUGAAAAGUUAGGAUGUAGGAAAUAUCUUACACCAAGAGCUCUUGUUGCUGGCAAUCCUAAAUUAAAUCUAGCUUUUGUGGCACAUUUAUUUAAUACUCAUCCAGGUCUUGCGCCACUUGAUGAAGAGGAAAAGGCCGAUCUUGAGGAAUUUGAUGAUGGUGAUGAUAGAGAAGCAAGAGAUCUCAAGGAUGGAUUAAUUAUUCUUCAAGCCUAUGAAAAGCUUAGGCCAGGGAUAGUUGAUUGGAAGAAAGCAAACAAAGCCAACAAUAAUAAUCUUUCAAGAUUUAAACAAGUGGAAAAUACCAAUUACGCCAUAUUGAUUGGUCAAUCAUUGAAAUUCACACUUGUUAAUAUUCAAGGCGCUGAUAUUGUUGAUGGAACAAAAACUUUAAUUCUUGGUCUUGUUUGGCAAAUGAUGCGAUUAAAUAUAAUCCAAACUUUGAUAAGUUUGUCAAAAGGUGGUCGUGAAAUAACUGAUGCAGAUUUAGUUCAAUGGGCAAAUGAAACAGUAAGACGUGGUGGAAAAACAACAAAAAUGAAUAGUUUCAAAGAUUCAUCAUUGAGAAGUGGUAUCUUUUUGAUUGAUUUACUAAAUGGUAUAAGACCAGGAAUAGUAGAUUAUAGUUUGGUUACAAGAGGCAUAUCUGGUACUUUUCUAUUCAUGUUUCUUGAGGAAUUUGAUGAUGGUGAUGAUAGAGAAGCAAGAGAUCUCAAGGAUGGAUUAAUUAUUCUUCAAGCCUAUGAAAAGCUUAGGCCAGGGAUAGUUGAUUGGAAGAAAGCAAACAAAGCCAACAAUAAUAAUCUUUCAAGAUUUAAACAAGUGGAAAAUACCAAUUAUGCCAUAUUGAUUGGUAAAUCAUUGAAAUUCACACUUGUUAAUAUUCAAGGAGCAGAUAUUGUUGAUGGGACAAAAACUUUAAUUCUUGGUCUUGUUUGGCAAAUGAUGCGUUUAAAUAUAAUCCAAACUUUGAUAAGUUUAUCAAAAGAUGGUCGUGAAAUAACAGAUGCAGAUUUAGUUAAAUGGGCAAAUGGAACAGUAAGACGUGGUGGGAAAACAACAAAGAUGAACAGCUUCAAAGAUUCAUCAUUGAGAAGUGGCAUCUUUUUGAUCGAUUUACUAAAUGGCAUAAGACCAGGAGUAGUAGAUUAUGGUUUGGUAACAAGAGGCACAUCUGAGGAUGAUGCAACAUUAAAUGCAAGGUAUUCAAUUUCUAUUGCAAGGAAAAUUGGCGCUACUAUUUUCCUAUUACCAGAAGAUAUUGUUGAAGUUAGACCUCGUUUGAUUCUCACAUUCAUUGGUAGUCUAAUGGCUUUAGAUAAUAAUCCAACAGUCAUUAAAUAG